GUUGUACCCUACCACUUACCACCUACCACCUGCUAUACCGACUGCGACUCACUUCACUCCCUCCAGCACCACAACCACCUAGCUUCUUCUAGCAUGCGCAUCGCUAACAUCACUCUACGCGUCUGGAACGAAUUGGUUCACUCAACUUGACACCGUCGUCAUCCGCACCUUUCCACGAAUCACGCGACGCGACCUUCAGGGCGCGCGUGAGCGAGCGAGCCGGUCGCAAACAAUAAACGCGUCCUCGAGACGACCUUGGGAGAACAGCAAUGUCGGCAUCAGUGUCGCCGGCGCCAACAGGUGGGGAUGGAGCCAUCAGACGCGCUUCUGGACGCGUGAGAAAACAACCGCAACACUUUACCUCCAGCCCAUACGGAGGUGCCAAGCGGAAACGCGACGACGCAACAGACGCCAAUGGAGAUGAGGACAUGGUUGACGACGACGACAACGACGCCAACGAUGACGACUCGGAUGAUGAGGAUGACCCCGAGGACGAACCUGACGAGGAGGAGAUGCGCGAAAGGGCAAAGAAGUCGCGUCAAGUGAAGAAAGCCGCGGCGGCGAAGAAGCCGCCUCAGAAGAAAGCGAGAACGCAGACAAAUGGGGUGACGCUGCCUAUACGGAGCACUGCAAAGCCAUCUGCACGGAAGCGCCCCCCAAAGAAGCCUCAGGGAAUAGAUGGUGCGGAUGCUGAAGCAGCUGGCGGCAUCUAUGCAGAUCUUUUUGCGCGAAACAAGCCGGCGGACGAGGUGGUCGCACAGUGGCUGGCCAGCUUCAAAGACGACGAGACAGUCGCCUUGACAGACGUGAUCAACUUCCUGAUCAAGUCUGCGGGGUGUAGCCUUAAAGUAACCAAGCAUGAUAUUGAAGAUCCAGAUGGGGUCACGGAAAAGUUGCGAGACCUGCAGACGGAACAUCAAGCUUCACAGCCAACCGACUACCCUCUGAUCGCGAAGGGAAAAAGUGGCACCUUGUUUCGACAGAACAUAACAAACUUCAUGAAACAGUUGAUCAAAUCUAUCUCUGCAGCAGGUCUCUUGAUCGAAAAUCCGGAGCUGUUGGAAAACAUCAGUGUGUGGUUUUCCACCAUGUCUUCCGCAUCUGAUCGUUCAUUCCGACACACCGCGACUGUCCUCUCGCUCAGCGUGGUGACUGCAUUGUGCGAAAUUUCGACACAGCUGGCUGAUCAAUUGCCCAAUUUUCAAAGGCAGGUCGCAGCGGAGCAGAAGAAAAAGAGAGUCAACGUGCAGCGGGUCAAGGACGUCGAGGCAAAGGUCAAGCAGGCCAACGAUGAUCUCGAGUAUAUGGAAGCUCUGCUGAAAGACUGGUUCGACACGAUUUUUAUCCAUCGUUACCGCGAUGUGGACCCUUUGAUCCGUCGCGAGUGUUCCGAAGCCAUGGGAGACUGGGCCAUGGCGAAGCCGGAACACUUUCUGAAUGGCAAUCACCUCCGCUAUCUUGGCUGGGUGCUCAGUGACACGCAGGCGUUGUGUCGGCUCGAAGUCAUCAAGCAGCUGCGACGUAUGUACCACGAUACCGAUAACCUUGGGGGACUGAGGACAUUCACGGAGAGGUUCCGUCUACGCCUUGUCGAAAUCGGAACCUCUGAUGCUGACAUGAGCGUGCGAGUUGCGGGUAUCGAGCUGCUAGAUAUGUUGAGGAAGAGUGAUCUGCUCGAACCAGAUGACAUCGAUGCUAUUGGCCGUCUCAUUUUCCACGACGAGAUCAGAGUCCGCAAGGCGGUCGCAGGAUUCUUUUCUGAAAAUGUCAAGGAUCUCUUUAGUGCCAAGUUGGAUGAGCUGGGGGGCAUCGAAAAGCUCGAGGAAGAACUGCCAGAGGUUGGUCCUGGCACUUUUGAAACGCCGCAACUUGCAUGGCUGCAGCUCAAGUCUCUUGCUGAGAUGCUGCAAUCGUACGAUAGCGAAGAUCCAGUCUCCAGCCAGUUUGAGCGCAGUGGAACGGAUGGCAGUCUCAUCAUCAACGUAGUCGGCACUGAAUCUCGCUUCACUCUAGCGAUCAGUGCAAUUUACGACAGACUCCCUGAGUUGGAAGAAUGGCGGAGUCUGGCUGGCUACCUGCUGUUCGAUCACUCAGUAGGUCGAGCAAAUGGUGUCGGUAAUGAUACCUUGUCUCGGCUGAAGCAUGAGUGUACAUUGACUGAGCAAGAAGAGCUCAUCUUACUGGAAGGUCUGAAUGCCACUGUCAGAAGAAAGUUGAGCGAUCUAGCUGAGCAGCACGUGCACCACGCCAAGGGCAAGCUCACCAAGAAACAAAAAGAGGACCUACAAGAAGAGCUUGAGGAGAACGUUCGACACCUCACGGAUAGCCUCCCAAGACUUCUGAAGAAGUUCGGCGAUAUGCCAGGCACUGCUGCAGCAGUGCUACGCCUGGAAGGCGUCUUCACAAUCCCCGCUCUUCGCAGCUUGCGGCAGGACCCAACUGUCAACGGUGCACUUCUGGAUGAUCUUCACAAGCAAUUCAUGUCCCACGGUACAGACGAGGUGCUUGGACCAGCUACCAACGCGAUCCUACACGCAAAGGCAUACGGCGAACUCGACGACACCGCAAUGGAGAAGAUAUCGAGCCUGUGGGAUGACGUGGUCAAUAACAUCAACGAGCUUAUCAAUGUGAAUACCUUGACUGUGCGUGGAGCUUUGACCGAGGAGGAGCUCGUUGCACUGGGUAAUAACCUACUCCGCAUUGUGCGGCUGGCAACUAUCUCUAGUCCAGUGGCUGCUCUUGAAGAUGAGAGCCACGUGCUGAGUAAUCCUGCGACUGACAAGAAUUCCAGCGGUACUAUCGACUUCAUCAUCGGCUUGCUGAAACGUGCUUUGCACUCCAGCGGGCCGGAGCUCGAGCCCGAGGAGGCAGCGCUGGAGGACAUAGUGGUCGCGCGUGCUGCAGAAGCUGCAUUGUUCUACUUUCGAUGGAAACUUUCAGCUCUCGCCGCUGCUGUUAGGACAGGGGCGACCUCUGAGCUCGAUACAGAUAGAGUGCUGGAACCUUUGUGCGAGCGGCGAGAUGCAUACGUCGAAAACAUCAGAAUGGUUCUGGAUGGGCGAAAGCCGAGUGAAUCUGUUCGUUACUCCUUGACUGGCUCUUUACUGGAUCUAUACACGUCAGGUGCCGUCCUACGCACUGUAAACGCAAAGGCUGGCGUAAGUGAGGACUAUACUGUCCUCAUUAUGGAACUGGAACCCGAAUCCGAGCAGGCUGUGCUGAAAACUUUCGCCAUUCUAGAAAAGGCCUUCGCCAGACUGAGCGGCAAAAAAUUGGAAGAACAUGUCAAAGACGACGAGGAGAUGGACGUGGACGCGGAUCCAAUCGAUGCUGAUCCGCUGUCUGAAUCCGAGGACGAUGAAGAUGAGCCCGAGACACAAAUGUCGCAGCAAGCUCGGGACGCCAAGCUUGCGAGACCUCUGAUCGCUGAACAGAAACUCUGCAUUCUCACAGCCAAGAUCAUUCAGGCUGAUGCUGCUGGUGUCCUUGUUGACAAGUCGAUACGGAGGCGAAUUGAGCGCAACAAAAGCAAGCUUGGACCGAACUUCAAGGAAGUCGUCGCGUACUUGGACAAGUUUCGCAUAGAGAAGAAAAGUGCGGCCAAGAGCAAAGCAAAGACCAAGCCCAACACCGCUGCAAAUGGUGCUCCCAAGAAAGGCAAAGCAAACCCUAAGAGUAAUGCCAUUGUCGCCGAAGACGAAGUGGACGAUGAGAUUGAAGACGAUGAAGAUUCGGAGGCAGAGCCCCAAGACAUUGAUCAAGGGGAGGAUGAGAGUGUACACGACGAGUAGAUGUCCCCUUCCUUUGGGUCUCUUUCUUCCCUGACGAGCAGGGAGCCGGGCCUGGAAAAUAGAUGGAGAACAAGUUGGUGAGAGAAACAGGACAAUGAAUGGCCACCAUGAUGUGCAAAACUCAUACCCUUGUUCAGGACAGGCGAAGUGUGAGAUGAAGAGAGUAUUCCAUGUACAGAGCGGUGGUGUUUGCAGCUUUAGCGUUUUAUCGAUAUGUGCUCCGUGAUUCCAUUCCGCGUCUGUGUCAGCAGGCUAUAUAGUUCCAGUACUUUUUGCUGUACGCUCAGGUGGGUAUCUCUUUCCAAAGAAGAACAAUCAGAAGAAGAAGAAACUCGAUAUACUCAGAUGGUCGUCUACAGCUCCUGUCUCUACCAGAGACCAUGAACGCGUGCCGCCCAAUUCUCCACUGCCAUGCCUUUGAGAUCGUCUCCAUUGAGCAUAUCCGCACCUUCAGCCAUCAGAGUAUGCCAAAUAUAAUUACGCAGGUUGAUAGGCCAGCUCGGCGUAUCCCAGUACCUCACCACCAAUCCUCUCUUCUUUGCACCUCGAAUCUGAGCUCUGAUCUUCUCCAGCUGCUUAUGAGACAGCUUCCCUCGCCAGACGAACCCAAUGGACUUGGCGAACGACACGCUCGCAUAAUACGAGUUGGUAGUAUUGAAGUCGUCGGCAGAAGUCACGAAAUCGGUUCCUUCAUUACCUUGUCCUCCGCCACUUUUGCCCCACAAUUUGGUGGGGGCAAUAUAUAGAGCAUCGUCCUCUUUUGUCCGCGUAUCGUGCCCUCGUUUUGGUUCCCACAUUUGAUCGAGGGGUGCAUCGAAGAAGAUCUCGCGACGUUGACCUUCGUUGACGACCAAGUCGAAAGGAGUAUUGCCCGUUCCUACGACUGUUACAGCACGCUUGUGUAUCUUUUCUCCGUCAUAGUAGGUAAGGUAGUCCUUUUCUCGAAGUGCGGAGAUUUGCUUCUGGACAUAUCGAUACGUCUCGCGGCCACUCGUCUUGAAGUCGACGAGGAGAACAAGGCUUUGAUCAGGAUCCUCAUCGAAGACGCCGUGGCGAGAUGUCGUCCCGAAAGUAUUGUUUGGGUUCAUGGUAUCGAUCAAAGCUACCAAGGGAUUGACAUAAAGGUUUCGGAACGUCCUUUUCCUCGUGAGCGAGGCAGUGUUAUGGCCAACAUAUAGUUCCUCAUUCAGGAGCCAGACGUCUGCUUCGACUCCAGUGCAUCCCCAGUGCAGCGCAUCGUAUAGCGGCACUUUUCGCCAAUAGUCGUUGUGGGAAUGACACCGGAUUGGAAUCACGUCUCUCGUUGCAUCUGUGGGGUAGCGCGCAAGGCCCUCGCCAGCUCGUCCAGGUGAGGCCCAGUCAGGUAGGAAGUUUUCAUAGAAGUCUAGGUCCCAGAGCAAUCGUGCUCGCCCCAAGAGUACUUGCAAUAAGUGCAAGGCUCCAAAGAACAUCAGCACCACGACUGGUAGUGCAAGACACGCUCUCUUUACAAUUGCUGCUGUUCUUCCUCGCCGAUGUCUUCGGACGUCUCGCGGAGACGUCUGCCUCGGCUUUCCUUUUUGCAGUCCGCCAUCCUUCGAACACAAUCGAUCAUGAUCUGUGCUCGGUGUCCUUCGUUUGCGAACGCUCAUGCCCAGAAGUUCGAAUACAUAACCCACAAAUGGUCUCUGCUUCCAACGCUCCGACAAGUAAUAGUCUGUCGUGUCCUCCUCAUCAUCAUCAUCAUGAUCAUCAUCGUCGUCGUCAUCGAACGAAUCGCGAUAUGGAAGAGCGGGUAGAGUGGAAGUUGCUGAGCUUUGACCUUCCGAGGCUCUAGCGUUUUUAGAGUAGAAGUCGUCCAUGUCCUCGUGCCCGGCGCCCCGGUCGGCAAGUGCCAUAAUCUUGAAUCCUCCAAUUAAUAAUCAACGCUUCUAUCUAUUCGUGUUGCUUGGGAGAUGUUGGUGCCUUGGUGAGUACUAGGAGGUAAUAUUGCUCAGGUCCCGAGAUUCCCUAGGUAUGUCUGUGGUGGUUCUCCCUGCUGGCAGACUCUUCCAAAUGACGCGCUUCCCGUUGGCGCGUGCGUGCUAUGGAACUACCUGACCUUAUGCAAGCCACGUCGUGGCGUGCUGUCAUCAGAGCUGGACGCAACUGCAAUUGUCCAGAUCCGGGACGAGGAGGAGGAAGGGCCGGGCCUGUUGCGGACGCAGAGAGGAGGAGGACGAGGAGGACGAGGAGGGAGAAGAAGGAAGGAUGGCAUGAUGGAAGUGAAGCAC